AUGGUGCAGGAGAAGUUCUGGCGACCGAAACUCUCCGCAGAAGCAGCUAAGGUCCUAGAGGUAAACCCUAAUGUUGAAGCUAGUAGAGUAAUGACUGUAGAGCUUUCAACUGAUGCAUGGAAGGAUUCACUCAGUUUUUUGUUUGAUAAAGCCCUUUUCGUCAAAUGGGGAGGACUAUGGCUAACUUUUUCCAAAUUUAGAAACUGGUGUGACAAAAAUUGGGGGGAGGGCAUGGACCUCAAAACGCUGGGAAAUGGCUAUUAUCAAGUAGUCUGCCCGACUGCACAGGAUAGAGUUUGGAUACUAGAGAAUGGGCCUUUUUUUCUUGAAGGAAAAGGAUUAAACAUCUUAGUAUGGAAACCAAACUUUAACCCGUGUGAAGCCCUAGUUGAAAAAACCCUCAUCCGGAUUAAACUACCCGGCCUUCCACAGGAAUACAAGGAUUUAGAGACGCUGAAACAAAUAGGUGACAAUUUGGGGGAAUUUGUAAUGUCAGAAGAACUUGUUGACCCCUCCGAUUUCAGCCUAGUCUCUAGACUAUGCAUUAACUGGCAGCCAAUUCACAAUCUUCCUGACAAACUAAAGAUUAAAAAAGGGAUGGGGAUAUGGAAACAAAAAGUGAUACUGGAGGAAGACAUGGAAUCAUGUGCAAAAUGCACCAUCAAAAUCCAUCCAACGGGCUUCUGUCAAAAAGAAAAUAAAGGCAAAGAUGUGAUGCGUCAUCAUUUAGAGAAGGAGAUCAUCAGAAUGUCAGAAGGCUAUCAUGGAGAAUGCCUAUGGAAUGAAAAAGAUUGGGAGAUUCAAUCUCUCACAAAAUACAUAGGAAAUUUUGCAGAGAUAAUCCAGAUGGACAAAUAUGACUCGCAGAAGAAUGUCAUUGAUGAGUCUUUUGUCUCAGAGGCACACUCUUUCUAUCUCUAUAACAGGGAAAUCGGGCUUAGGAAUACAAGAGCAUAUUAG